CUUUAGCUGCAUUAUCAGAUCAUACCCUAGAUACUAUUCAUAUGAUAAUGUCGCAUAGCCUAACAGCUACCGACGACCUACCGAAGGUUACCGGGGAUGGCUGUACAAAUAGAGGGCUUAUGCCACCUACAAAAUAUUGGCGAGGGGGGGAUGCAGAUACGAGCGCAUCGAUUUGAUUACCCAGUCGCCAUAGGCACGACUUUUUGGCUUCAUGUCGAGCCACCAUGUAGGUCAGCUUCGCUUGCCUCACUGGCAGGCUGCGUUCCAGACCCUCAUUCUGGGGAAACAUUGCAGGAAGCCACAUCCAAGUCAAGUUGCACGAGGGAGGCACGGGGUCUUACAGCCACGGCAUGAACCUUCACGCAGCUGCCCUGUCAUGGCUGCGCAUGGCUGACCGUCAACGCGGAAAUAUCGCCAGGCUUUGACUUCACUAGAAAAAAGCGGGCUCGGCCUCAAGAGAUGACAGCGGACUUGGCCUCGAGAUAUGACAGCGGGCUCGGCCCCACAAGAAGAAACUGGACUCGGCCUCGAGAAAAGAAAGGAGACGGUGCGACACCUCCAUCAACGCGACAAUGAUAGGAUCUCAGCCUUCUGAAAUCGACCGCCGAUCCGGAGAUUUCAUUCCUGGGUGCCAUGUUUCGUAAGUUGCGCCUCGUGGAUUGAGUGCGACCGUCGGCGGAUAAAAUGGGCAUGUCUCUCGGCGAGUCGGAAAGGACGCCAGCUUAUUGUCACUUAUCCCUCCGUUAUGCACCCAUUAUCCAACCCUGAUACUCGUUAUGCACCCUAUUAGCAACAAGAAAGUUUAUUCGAUGGACUCUCCAUGGACUUUCCACGGACACUCCAUGGAUGCUCCGCCUUCGGAAAUAGGACUUAUCGGGGCGUCAGCCUAGCAUCGAGCUAACAUCGAGCUAACACGCUUGUUGGUAUGCUUCACGUGUGCAUCGGCGUGCAUUUCGCAAUUAUGUCAAGCGUGCCGAUAUACCCAUCCAAUGACAGCUUCGAUGGUCAAAAAAGGAGGUAGGGAUCCAGCUAGAGCGGCUGCUUUGUGCGGCCUUAAGCUGGAAACCGAUUCAACACUUUCCGACCCCGAUUCCACGCCAUGGAGGGAUAGGAUCAGCACACUGUGGGGUCUCUGACUCCUACGGAUUUCACAAUAAUAGUAGUCAUCUAGGCUUUUUCUGAUCAAAUAUAUACUAUGCCUUGUGCUGAUACCUCCAAACCAAAGAACAGUAGUGUUGAACAAGCACAGCAGUUGGCGCAGAAGUUGUGAUAAUUGCUUUGGCUUCCAGUUGGCACAAAGCCAUGUCGAGCUCCGUAUCAACCCAUUCGUUGGAGAACGAGCAUAAGCUCGUUGCAGAGGGUCUGGCAACACCUGGAUCUAAGACCGACGUCGACUCUGUCCAUGGAUCGGUCCAGAAUGAGAAGCUGGAGGAGGCGGGUGUCGCUGCCCCAAAGGUAGACGCAGAGAAAGACGUCGAGGGCGGCGAGAAGCCAGCGGAGGAGGAGAUCACGGACCCGAACAUCGUUUGGUGGGAUGGACCCGAUGAUCCACAGAACCCGAUGAACUGGCCAAGGUGGAAGAGGGCAGGAAACGUCACUCUCGUCAGUAUGCUGACCUUUGUCGCGCCGCUCGCAUCCUCCAUGUUUGCCCCUGGCGUGCCAUCUCUCAUGAAGGAAUUCGACUCAACUUCCAAAACACUAGCCUCAUUUGUCGUCUCAGUGUAUAUUCUAGGGUUCGGCGUCGGGCCCCUAUUCCUCGCACCACUCUCCGAGAUCUACGGUCGCGUGCCCGUGUACCACGUAACGAACGCGCUCUUCGUCAUCUUCAACGUCGCCUGCGCCUUGGCCACAGACCUGAACAUGCUCAUCGGUUUCCGCUUUCUAGCUGGCGUGGCAGGCUCUGCGUGUCUCACCAUCGGUGGAGGCACCAUUGCCGAUCUCAUCGCACAGCAGCGCCGCGGGAUAGCUAUGUCCGGGUUUGUUCUCGGACCCCUCCUCGGACCAGUUAUUGGGCCCGUGGCUGGAGGAUUCGCCGCCGAGUCCAUCGGGUGGCGCUGGAUCUUCUACAUCCUCGCCAUCACCACAGGAGUAUUCUCGCUCAUGUGCCUCGCCCUCCUCCAAGAAAGUUAUGCGCCAGUGCUCCUCGCGCGCAAGACUGCCCGCCUGAUCAAGGAAACCGGCAACACCGACUUGAGGUCAAAACUCGACACCGGCCUCACGCCGCGCGAAGUGUUCGCCCGCGCCAUCGUGCGCCCCAUGAAACUCCUUGUCCUAAGUCCCAUCGUGCUCACUCUGUCGGUAUACAUGGGCGUGGUAUACGGCUACCUCUACCUCCUCUUCACGACCUUCUCCGUCGUCUUCGCGGACCAAUACCACUUUUCCUCUGGCUCCGUCGGACUUUCCUUCCUCGGCAUUGGACUAGGCUCUCUACUGGGCCUGGUCAUCACCGGCACCACGUCCGACCGCAUCCUCAAAUCCAACGCGCGCAAGGACUGCCCUCCUGGCACUGAGGACAAGGAUUUGGUCUACAAACCCGAGUACCGCCUCCCACUUUUGUUCCCUGCCUCCGUACUCAUCCCAGCCGGCUUGUUCAUCUAUGGCUGGACCGCGCAGUACAAGGUCCACUACAUCGUACCCAUCUUGGGCACGUUGCUCAUCGGCAUCGGCAACCUGGGCGUUUUCAUGUCCAUCCAGAUGUACAUGGUCGACGCAUUCACCGUCUAUGCAGCCAGUGCAUUGGCGGCGAACACGGUUAUUAGGUGUAUCCUCGGUGCGGUCCUGCCGCUCGCGGGCCAGGAUAUGUAUAAGGCCCUUGGACUCGGAUGGGGAAAUAGCUUGCUCGCGUUCGUGGCGCUGGCGUUUAUAUGGGUGCCGUGGUGGAUUUCGGUGUGGGGUGAGAAGCUGCGGAUCAAGUACAAGGUGGAGUUGUAAAGAUUUCGAGUUUUCUGUAGAACUUUGGUCUCUCCUACGGCGUGGGAUUUCAGCGGUGUUUUAUUUUGUUGCAUCGCGGUUGGGGUUAUCUACUCACGCUUUUGGAAGGUAAAUGGGAUUAGAUGUUUGCAGGGAGAUACCUGCUCCGGGAAAAAUUAUUGGGUUUUUAUAGGUUCCUGGGAAGGGAAAUAGAUUGGUUUUAAUAAAAGGAAAUAUAAUUGUCGGUUUGCUUCCUUCACGUUGGUGGUUCCUGCCUAAAUUUUGAUCUUGGGAGUCGAGUGCAGGCGGGCCCAAAGGUUCGAUUGGAAAAUGAAAAUGUUUUUGAAUUCAUCUUGACUGCCGAAUUUGAGGACCAACACCAAGUGUUGUUCAUAGCUAGAUUUCCGAG